AAAGUGCUGGGAUUACAGGCAUGAGCCGCUGCACCCAGCCGACUUCACGUUUAUACACAUCCAUGCAAAAAGCAUCCAGGUAGAGACAAAGAGCCUUCCCUGUACCCUAAAAGUUUCCCAGAAAUUGUUCCCAGUUAGCAUAUUUAUUUUUAUAAAGGUAAUGCAUGCCCAUCAUAUCACAUUCAAAAAGGUAUGUAGAGAACCAAGUGUCUCCCCAGCCCUGUCCUCUCCAGCCACCCAGUUUCCCUCCCUAGGGGAAGCCACCAACAUGUGUUUCUUAUGUAUCCCCUGUUGAGCUGCUUUUCCUCGUUUUGGUUUGGCGGUGUUGAUGUUUGUAUUUGGAAUUACAGGCAGGGAGCAUCAUAUACCUUAGUGUUUAGGGCCUCUAAGAUCAACCAGACCUGAGAAAAUCAGCCAUGGCGAGGACCUUGGCCCCCAGCCCCCAGGAGACAGGCCCCCUGGUGCGAGUCCUGGGGCAGGGCAGAGGCCUAGGGACAAGAAUUAGAAAGGAUCCAAGUUCGGGCUGCUCAGGGUCAUGUUGGCCAUCCCUCUGCCACAGUGGCACGGACAAACUGCAUGUGUUGGUUAGAGGAGGGCACCCUUCUCUCUUGCAAGCAUUGGCAAGGUCUUCACUAUUAGUCUCCUGCUCCCAUGGCAGCCCCUUUGGACAAGGAGGCUCUUAAUCUCUGUUCUUUGAAGCCCUGAGGGCUGGUGUAUAGGAGUUAAAAGCAUUGGCUUUGGAACCGGACUGUCUGGGUUUGAAUCCUGACACUGCAGCUGACUCACUGCUGGACAGGCAAUGCCUUAAACUCCCUGAGCCUCAGGUUCCUUGUCUGUAAAAUGAGAAAGACAGCCCGUUUCGUAGGGCUGUGGUGAGAAACCAAUCACACAAGGCAUGUGAACGCCAUUAUAGCACAGUGCCCGGCAUCCAGCAGGACUCACUCGAUGACAGCUGUCACCACCAUCGUUGUUAUUAGCGUGGGCCAGGGAGGGCUGCGUAAAAGCAGCUGGUGGAGGAGGGAGAGAUGCCGUGUGACCGUCUGGGUUUGCAUGCAUGAAGUAUGAUCUGGGCCUGGAGUGUGCAAGGCACACAUGUGUCCUUACUGCAUGUGUUGUCACAUAUGUGCAAUGCCAUACUCCUGAGCCUUUGAUUGCAGACGUGUGGGAAGUGGGCCCCGUCCCCACCCCCAGUGCCACCCUGCUCUGCUUCUCUUCCCUUGCUCUGCUCUAAAACGAGAAGUACAAGUGAGUUCCCCCAAGGGGUCGGCCGCGCCUCUUCCUGUCCCCGCCCUGCCGGCUGCCCCAGGCCAGUGGAGUGGCAGCCCCAGAACUGGGACCACCAGGGGUGGUGAGGCGGCUUGGCACUGGGAGCUGCAUUUGAGGCUUAGUCCCUGAGUUCUCCGCCUGCCCAGACUAGCUGCACCUCCUCAUUCCCUGUGCCCCCUUCCUUUCCGGAAGCCCCCAGGAUGGUGAGGUGGUUUCACCGAGACCUCAGUGGACUGGAUGCAGAGACCCUGCUCAAGGGCCGAGGUGUCCAUGGUAGCUUCCUGGCUCGGCCCAGUCGCAAGAACCAGGGUGACUUCUCGCUCUCCGUCAGGACCUCAGCCGAUCCCUGCCCUCCUGCCUCUACUCCUGCACCAACUGGCCUCACCGCCUGGUGCCCUGCAGGGUGGGGGAUCAGGUGACCCAUAUUCGGAUCCAGAACUCAGGGGAUUUCUAUGACCUGUAUGGAGGGGAGAAAUUCGCGACGCUGACAGAGCUGGUGGAGUACUACACUCAGCAGCAGGGCAUCCUGCAGGACCGCGACGGCACCAUCAUCCACCUCAAGUACCCGCUGAACUGCUCCGAUCCCACUAGUGAGAGGUGGUACCAUGGCCACAUGUCUGGAGGGCAGGCAGAGACACUGCUGCAGACCAAAGGCGAGCCCUGGACGUUUCUUGUGCGUGAGAGCCUCAGCCAGCCUGGAGACUUCGUGCUGUCUGUGCUCAGUGACCAGCCCAAGGCUGGCCCAGGCUCCCCGCUCAGGGUCACCCACAUCAAGGUCAUGUGUGAGGGUGGACGCUACACAGUGGGUGGUUCGGAGACCUUCGACAGCCUCACGGACCUGGUGGAGCAUUUCAAGAAGACGGGGAUUGAGGAGGCCUCAGGCGCCUUUGUCUACCUGCGGCAGCCGUACUACGCCACGAGGGUGAAUGCGGCUGACAUUGAGAACCGAGUCUUGGAACUGAACAAGAAGCAGGAGUCCGAGGAUACAGCCAAGGCUGGCUUCUGGGAGGAGUUUGAGAGUUUGCAGAAGCAGGAGGUGAAGAACUUGCACCAGCGUCUCGAAGGGCAGCGGCCAGAGAACAAGGGCAAGAACCGCUACAAGAACAUUCUGCCCUUUGACCACAGCCGAGUGAUCCUGCAGGGACGUGACAGUAACAUCCCUGGGUCCGACUACAUCAAUGCCAACUACAUCAAGAACCAGCUGCUAGACCCUGAUGAGAACGCUAAGACCUACAUCGCCAGCCAGGGCUGUCUGGAGGCCACGGUCAACGACUUCUGGCAGAUGGCGUGGCAGGAGAACACCCGCGUCAUUGUCAUGACCACCCGAGAGGUGGAGAAAGGCCGGAACAAAUGUGUCCCAUACUGGCCCGAGGUGGGCAUGCAGCGCGUUUAUGGGCCCUACUCUGUGACCAACUGCGGGGAGCAUGACACAACCGAAUACAAACUCCGUACCUUACAGGUCUCCCCGCUGGACAAUGGGGACCUGAUUCGGGAGAUCUGGCAUUACCAGUACCUGAGCUGGCCCGACCAUGGGGUCCCCAGUGAGCCUGGGGGUGUCCUCAGCUUCCUGGACCAGAUCAACCAGCGGCAGGAAAGUCUGCCUCACGCAGGGCCCAUCAUCGUGCACUGCAGCGCCGGCAUUGGCCGCACAGGCACCAUCAUUGUCAUCGACAUGCUCAUGGAGAACAUCUCCACCAAGGGCCUCGACUGUGACAUUGACAUCCAGAAGACCAUCCAGAUGGUGCGGGCGCAGCGCUCGGGCAUGGUGCAGACGGAGGCGCAGUACAAGUUCAUCUACGUGGCCAUCGCCCAGUUCAUUGAAACUACCAAGAAGAAGCUGGAGGUCCUGCAGUCGCAGAAGGGCCAGGAGUCGGAGUACGGGAACAUCACCUACCCCCCAGCCAUGAAGAACGCCCAUGCCAAGGCCUCCCGCACGCCAUCCAAACACAAGGAGGAUGUGUAUGAGAACCUGCACAGUAAGAACAAGAGGGAGGAGAAAGUGAAGAAGCAGCGGUCAGCAGACAAGGAGAAGAGCAAGGGUUCCCUCAAGAGGAACCUCAGCCCUGACCCUGCGGAAGCGUUCCAGGACGGGCAGACUCACAACCUGAACCUAGGAGCGCCCCAUUCUUUUGUAAUUUAAAUGGCUGCAUCCCCCCCAACCUCUCCCUGACCCUGUAUAUAGCCCAGCCAGGCCCCAGGCAGGGCCAACCUUUCUCCUCUUGUAAAUAAAGCCCUGGGUUCACUGUG